GGCAGUGGGGGGGUGCCCCGGGGGGGUAUUUCCAGCCGUGGCCCCCCCCCGGCUCUCAUUUCCCCAUCGGGUGCAGUGCUGACGGUGCAGCCAUGGCCGAGGAGCAGCGGGACCUCAUCUCCGAUCGCAGCAGCGGGGUGCUCCCCAUCGGGGACACCCAGAGGUCUGUCUUCGGCCGCAGGGCCGCCCUCUCCACGCUCUCCAUCCUGGUGGCCCUGCUGAUCGCCGGCCAGGCCGUCACCAUCUACUUCGUGUACCAGCAGAGCGGGCAGAUCAGCAAGCUGACCAGGACCUCCCAGAACCUGCAGCUGGAGGCGCUGCAGCGCAAGCUGCCCCAGAGCAGCAAGCCCGCGAGCAACAUGAAGAUGUCCAUGGUGAACACCCCCCUGGCCAUGAGGGUCCUGCCUCUUGCCCCCUCCGUAGACAGCAUGCCCGUGAAGGACAUGGGGCCCCGCAGCAACAAGACCGAGGACCAAGUCAGGCACCUGCUGCUGCAAGCAGACCCUAGGAAGAUGUUCCCGGAGCUGAAGGACAGCCUGCUGGACAACCUGGAGAGCCUGAAGAAGACCAUGACCGACGCGGACUGGAAGUCCUUUGAGUCCUGGAUGCACAAGUGGCUGCUGUUCGAGAUGGCCAAAAGCCCCAAGCCGGACGAGCGUAAGGCCAUCCCGGCGGAGAAAGUGCAAACUAAGUGCCAGGCGGAGGCCAGUUUCGGUGGUGUCCAUCCGGGUCGCUUCCGCCCCGAGUGCGAUGAGAACGGUGACUACCUGCCCAAGCAGUGCCUCGCCAGCACGGGCUACUGCUGGUGCUGCUACAAAAACGGCACCAAGAUUGAGGGCACUGCCACCCGGGGAGAGCUGGACUGCUCGGGGGCCCCGCUGACGGAGCCCGAGGAGAUGAUCUUCUCCGGGGUGGACAUGCUCAAGCUGGGCGCCGAGAAAGCCAAGUAGAAGAGGACACCCGCAGAUGCCCACGCGGUCUUCAGUAGCCCAGCUCGGGUUGUUUGCUCUGUCUCGUUUCUGCUCUUACCUCGCUUUCCCAAAAACCCUAGGGCACUCCUUCCCAGGCAGUGAUUGCUUCCCUUCCCCUGCUCCAGGGCCUGGCCUGGGGUUGAUGACAGUUGGCUGGGGCUGCCCCAGGAUAAAUGCUACAGGGGAAACAUUUGCUAAAACUUUAGGUGGAGCAGGCUGGAACACGAUUUCAGCCGCAGCAGCCCACCAGCCCUUUCCCCUGUUGCUGAUGGGGUAUGAGCUGCAGUGAGGGCGUUGUGUGAAGGUCACCACCUGGUUCCCAGCCCUGUGCCUGUCCCCCAGGGCACCUCUCCCCUGGCAUCCCUCAGCACCAGGCAUGCCGAGAUUGCCCCUGCUGAAGAACGAGCCACUAAUGAAUGCUUUCUCACACUGAACAAACAUUAAACGCAGCAAAACAACCUCCACGAGCUUCUUAACUAAACCCUGUAGGUAGAGGCUCUGUUAGACUACUAAAGCUUCCUUACUAUUUCUUGCAUUUUUUUUAAUACUCAGUUUGUAGGGAUAGGUGCUCACCUUCAGCUUCUCCCUUCAGGGUGGGGAAGGGCCACGGCAGUGGGUAGCGGUGGGAACAGGAGCAAGUCCUGGAGUCAGAGGGGCUUUUAAUUUUCCUGACAGAUCUGAUACUUCCUUUAUAAAUGAUGUCACAAGCUAAUUAUUUCAAAUAAACUUUUGAAUAAGAAA